AUGCUGCAGUACCAUGGCUGGCGACCAGGCUGUGAUUUUGAACUGUGCCAGAACAACGCGACAUGUGAUAACAGUACAGGAAACCCCAAUUGUUCAUGUGUGGAGGGAUUCACUGGGGAAGAAUGUGAAACAAAAAUUCCUACUUGCCACGUAAACACUUGUAAGAAUGGGGGUACAUGUGUAGAUGACACAGGUGGUGUAAGUUGUAUCUGUGCUGAAGGCUUUACGGGAACAGACUGUGAUAAGAACAUUGAUCAUUGUUACCUCAAUCCGUGCAGCAAUGGUGGGACGUGUAUAGAUGGUGUAAACAGUUACUCGUGUUCGUGUGUCGCAGGAUACACGGGUACUAUCUGCAAUCAGGACAUUGAUGAUUGUUCUCCGAACCCUUGCAAGAAUGGCGGGACGUGUACAGAUGGUGUAAACAGUCACAUGUGUUCAUGUAUUGCCGGGUUUACGGGGCCAGAUUGUGAGACGAACAUUGAUGACUGCUUUUCUGAGGCUUGCAAACACGGAGGGACGUGUACUGAUGGUGUAAACAAUUACACGUGUUCGUGUGUCGCAGGAUACACGGGUACUAUCUGCAGCCAGGACAUUGAUGAUUGUUCUCCGAACCCUUGCAAGAAUGGCGGGACCUGUACAGAUGGUGUAAACAGUUACACGUGUUCGUGUGUCGCAGGAUACACGGGUACUAUCUGCAGCCAGGACAUUGAUGAUUGUUCUCCGAACCCUUGCAAGAAUGGCGGGACGUGUACAGAUGGGGUAAACAGUCACAUGUGUUCGUGUAUGGCCGGGUUUACGGGGCCAGAUUGUGAGACGAACAUUGAUGACUGCUUUUCUGAGGCUUGCAAACACGGAGGGACGUGUACUGAUGGUAUCAAUGGUUUCAAGUGUGCCUGUUCUAAUGAUUUUCGCGGAGAUCGCUGUGAAAAGCGCGUGACUGGGUGA